AUGAAUGAAUUAGAAUUCAACCCAGUGGAGAUCUUUUUGAGCAACGAAGAAAGACGAAUCUCCGAAAUAAUCAUGGAUUUUGUUAUAUCAUUCACAAUCUCUAAUGUCGGUAUAGUUACAAACAUUCUUGUUAUCAUUGUCUUUGUCAAGCAAGGAUUCAAGGAAAGCGUCAACAUUUCCAUGACAACCAUCGCUGUCUGGGACCUUAUUAAAUGUCUGGCUGCGGCCAUGCAAAGAAUGUCCGGUCCGCUUGCAGUGUGGUCGAAAUCUGAUGCUGAAAGUUGGACCAAUAUCAGCGUGGUGGUCUUCAACUAUCUCAUUGUUAUUCAAGUUACGUCACUAGCAUGUUUAUGUGUUUGUAUUCCCUUUAAGGUGAAAUGGCUGCUGACUACAAAAGUCACACUGACUGUGUGUUUAUUCAUUUCCGUAGUAAUAUUUGGGUUAUUUUCGGUGAUGUUCGGUAUUUACGAUAUCUACUGGACCCAUAGCAACAGGUACAACACAAGUAUCGCCUUAUAUAAACACAAUGAGUUUUACGAAGCCAAUGAAAAUCCUCUUUUUUGGUACUAUAAUUUAUCAGGAAUACUUUGGCCUCUGGUUAGUUUCACUGUUAUUGUUAUAUGCACGACAAUUAUUGUCCAUAUGCUGCGUCAGAGUUCAAAGUUUCGCUCAGGCCAAGCAGAAAUCAACAAGGAAUCCAGUAAUCAACUAAGUACUCGAGACAGACAAGUUGUGAAAAUGCUUGUGGUAAUUAUUAGCGUGUACGUCAUUUGCCUGUCACCGCGAAUCGCUAUAUAUAUAGUGAAAUGUUUUGUAUACGAAUUCUACUUUAUUCGAAGGUAUCAUAACAUCUUUAUGUUUGUCUGUUACAUUUUGUGGAUCCUUGAAAUGGGGAACGGAGCAGUUAAUUUUUUCAUUUUUUAUGCAAUGAGUUCAUCUUUCAGAACCACGUUUACCAGCAUUUGUAAAAAGAAAUAA